AUGACGUCUACGCCACCGCCACCAGUAGACAUUCCACCGUACCAAGUCCAGUCUCUGCUGGAGAAGGUGGUCGAGACUUAUGGUUACAACAGUAUGGACGGCGUCCCCACGGUCGAAGUAAAAUGUGCCCAGGCAUUAGGGUCCGAGAUCAUUGCCGGGUGCUCGAACGGGGAGAUACUACGCUUUGUAUUGCAACAUUCUGGGCCUGGAAAGCCCGACGCUUACAGCCUGUACUCGCGUCAAAGCCUUCCCGCAGACAAGCCUGUCGACGAGAUUGUGCUCUUGCCCAGUAUAUCUCGAGCCAUGAUAUACUCUGACCGCCAAGUAUACUUCUACACGCUACCUUCGCUCGACCUCAUCCCCUCGACCGUGAUCAAGCCCAUACGGAAUGUCGUUGCUUUGGCGGUCGACCACCAGCACAUUACGCGGCCCGCGCCACCACCCUCCGAUUCACCCAUACCAGUUGAACCAGUCGAUUUCUGUAUCAUCAAGCGGAAUACAAUCGCUAUGUAUAGUCUCUUGGACAGACUAAGCUACCAUGGGGAAGUCCCACUUCCCGAUGGCGCCUUUGUGGCACGUCGCUCGGGACCUUACCUUUGUAUGGCCAACCGAGAGACUUAUGGCGUAGUCAACCUUGCCGCCGGUCUCUUUACGCCUCUCAUGCCCAUCAGCCAGGCGCCUGGGCCGCGCAUUCGUCCGAUGAUUGGUGUUGUAUCACCGACCGAGUUUUUAAUCCUGUCGUGGACUGGUGCCAGCACCAUGGGCAUCUUUGUCACAGGCGAAGGCGAUCCUGUUCGCGGCACGCUCGAGUUUCCCAAACAUCCGCUAUCGAUAUCCGUGGACUAUCCUCACGUCGCGGCUCUGAUGCCCGACCAGACCCUUCAAAUUCACAGCAUCGAGACACAAGCCGUCGUGCAGACCAUCGAGCCGCCACCUAUACCGGAGAACAUCACCGAUCCAAUGGAGAUGCUCGCAGGAGAACGGAAGGCAGUCGCAUUGGCACCAAACGGCUUUCUCGUACCUCACGCAAGCCAAGCGGCGAAACUGCGCACGCGUCGAGUGAAACUGCUGGGCCGGACAGCACGACCGGGAGGGCGUGCAACCGGGGAAAUUGUGUCGCCGAUUGACUUGAGGGAUGCGAACGGUCGGCUGAUGGCAAGCGUGACGGGCGAGGGUGAAGAGGAGGAUGCGAGAGGAUACGAGGUCGAGAAGACUUCCGAUGUACCUGAAGACGGUAACGGUGAUCAGAGCCCACUUCAAGACCAAGCCGUUGCUGAGGGUGAAGCUGGUACGCAAGAGGUGUUGCGCGACGACGAUGCUACGUCAAAUGUAGAAGUACGAACAGACCUUGCUGUCGUGGAGUAA